AUGGCGAUUCAUGAUUAUGAUGUUGUUCGUCAAGAUAUUAAGGGAAUUAUCUUACAACCAGGAUAUGAUGAUGGAUCCAUUGGACCAGUUCUUGUACGAUUAGCUUGGCAUGCAUCAGGAACUUAUGAUAAAACAACAAAGACUGGAGGUUCAGACGGAGGUACUAUGAGAUAUUCAAUUGAAUCCAACGAUCCAGCCAAUGCAGGGUUAGACCAUGCAAGAGCGUUCUUAGAGCCUAUAAAACAAAAGCAUGAUUGGAUUUCUUAUGGAGAUCUUUGGACACUUGCAGGAGUAGUUGCCAUUGAAUCCAUGGGAGGACCAAAAAUCCCAUGGAAACCUGGACGUAAGGAUAAACCAGAAUCAGCAGUACCACCGAAUGGACGUCUACCCAACGCAGAGGAAGGAGCAGACCAUAUCCGACAAGUAUUUUAUCGAAUGGGAUUCACAGAUCGAGAAAUUGUAGCAUUAAUUGGAGCUCAUUGCCUUGGACGUUGCCAUGGUGAUCGCUCGGGUUACGAAGGCAAAUGGACAUAUACACCUACACGAUUUAACACACAAUUUUUCGUGAUGUUGACAAAACAAAAUUGGCAAGAGAAAAAGUUAGAGAAUGGACUAGUCCAAUAUGCAGAUGAAAAAGAUCAACUCAUGAUGCUUCCUGCGGACAUGGCGUUUCUCUAUGAUACAGGAUUUAAAGAAAUUGUUGAAAUUUAUGCGCAUGAUAAACAAACAUUCUUUGACGAUUUUGCGGCAGCUUUCGGAAAAUUGCUAGAGCUCGGAGUUAAUCGUGAGGAUAAUGUGACAAAGUUGUAA